AUGUUACGUCUUCUAAGUACACGCAUGGCUUCCGGUGGUGGCAGAGUAGCUAUGGCCAAUUUUUGGAGGGUCGGAGCCGUCAGUGCCGGGAGAUUUGCAAGACCUUUCAGUGUUUCUCGAAAAUGGAGGAAUGAGGCCUCAAAGGACGGCGAUAACAAAACACACCUGGGCUCUUUCAAGGUUGAUAAACCCAUGAUGAUGAUUGCGUUCACCUGCAAGAAAUGCGACACGCGCUCGUCGCACACCAUGUCGAAACAGGCCUACACCAAUGGAACGGUUUUGAUCCAGUGUCCCGGCUGCAAGAGCCGGCACUUGAUUUCAGACCAUCUCAAGAUUUUUUCUGACGAUCGCAUUACGGUACAGGACAUUCUGAAUGCCAAGGGUGAGUCCGUGUCGCUAACAACCGACGACCUAGCCUUUGAAGACAUCCCGGAAAAGCUGAGGUCUGCGAUUGGCCACCACGCCCACGAUGCUCCCAUGGAGGAUAAAAAGAAGAAGAUGGACAACGAGUCUGUUCAUACUUUACCUGCUGCAAAGCGCGAACACUAG